CUGAUCUGUACCUGGGUUUAAAUCGUGAAGCUAAGCUUAGCUUGAAGUUCAAAACACCAACACCAAAGACCCAAGAUGUAGAAUAAACGUGCUUUUUUUUUUUUAAAUGUUUUGAGAGCAAGAAAAAUGAAGGACAAGUGCUGCGACAUAUGCUGCGGCAUGUGCCGCACUCAAAGGAUCACAUUCUCAUCCCCCUCAGCCCAGACCCAGCCCAGAUGCAAGCCUCGAAUGCAUAGAAAGCCCUUGUGUUACACCAACCUCAAGGGCAUUCGAUGCCCAACAGUCCUCUCGCGAUCAUCGGACCGGUCCGACAAGCUUGAUUCGCUAAAUAUACUGAAUUUUGCUUCUGUGGGCGAAAGGUAGUCCCGCAUGCAUACUCCUGCUGGUCAAGGUAUAUAUGAGGCCCAAAUCCCCCAUCUCAAGACUACUACUCAACUAGCAUUUUUUUUUAUCAUUUCAUCACCACUAAGACCAAAAAACCAUGUGUCAAACGGUUGAAGAAAACGGAAACAAACCGCAGAAGCAGAGUCAGAACUGCUGCAUGCAAUCCUCGGCUACGCGAUCUUCACAGGGUCCUGCCGAUCAGCCUCAAUAUCACGUCGAGACCUUCCCCAUCCCCGCUCCUCAAUCGGAAUAUGAUUUUGAUCACCGGAGAACCAUCACCAUUGAAUCUCAGCAGCGACUAUGGCCUCAGGACAUCUGGGUUCACAGUCCACAUGGACGACAGCUGUAUCAGCCUGUAUUGAUGUUUGAGACGACUGCCCCGGAGGACAAGAUGGAGACGAAUGGACAUGCUUCUAAGAGCGGUUAAUGUCCUCAACACCUGGACGGAGAAAUCUUGGUAUGCGAUGCGAUAUGGGAUGUUUGUCUGGAGGAGUCGUGAUGGGAAAAUGGAAUUGAAAGGGAAUGGGACGGUAUGUUGGAGAGUCUGUGAUGACAUCGCCAAUCACUGAUGAUCAAUUGGGAUUUAUUUGCAAUUCGACAAAAAAAAAAAAAAAAACCAAUAAAACCAUAAAACAAGAACA